GUCAGUACAAGGUUUCAGAUGGAAAAUACUGGAUUGACCCAAAUCUUGGAUGUUCUUCAGAUGCCUUUGAGGUUUUCUGCAACUUUAGUGCUGGAGGCCAGACAUGUUUAUCUCCUGUUUCUGUGACAAAGUUGGAGUUUGGAGUCGGCAAAGUACAGAUGAACUUUCUUCAGUUGCUGAGCGCAGAAGCCACCCACGUGAUCACCAUUCACUGUCUGAACACCCCGAGGUGGACCAGCACACAGGCAGAUGGUCCAGAGUGGCCUAUUAGCUUCAAAGGAUGGAAUGGUCAGAUUUUUGAAGAAAAUACUCUACUUGAACCUCAAGUCCUCUCAGAUGACUGCACGAUUCGGGAUGGCAGCUGGCACAAGGCAAAAUUCCUUUUUCACACCCAAAAUCCUAAUCAGCUUCCUGUGACUGAAGUCCAAAACCUCCCUCAUCUCAGAACUGGGCAAAAGCACUCCAUCGAAAGCAGUGCCGUGUGCUUUCUCUAAGGCCCCCGGGUCAGCGCGGAAGCCAUGCUGUUGGCCAGGUGACUGCAGAGAGGGAAAUGUAGACAGAAAGGUACGUUAAGAAGUGUGGGGGAUUAAAAAAAAAAAAAUAGACAGGAGCUAAAUCUUAAGAAAUCUCAGGAAGAAACAAUUUCCUCCUAAGGAGAAAUGGCAUUUUUUUUAAAGGACUAUGAUUGAUUAUGUAUUUAAUUCUCUUAAUUUUUUUUUUUAUUGAUCUGAGUUUUCAUAAGGAAUUCCCUAGAACUGAAAUUGUAUAGACUUGGAAUUUUUGAGGGUUUCCUGUGCUUUCGUUCCAUGAGACAGCCGGAGCGUCAGGGCACCAUGGAGCUGUACUGGAUAGUGUUCCAAACGGUGGGAUGUGUCCGUCUAAAACUGCAAGCCACCGUCUGCGGCACCUUCUCGUCCCAAACACUAAGCUGUGUUCAGGUCCCCCGUGGGCAUAUAAAAUCUUAGCAGUGCACACUACCUCUUUCAUGUUUUCUUUUGGUGUUGCUUGGUGCUGUUUCCCAAGACAGGGUGCUGUGGCUGUCAUAAGACUAUCUUACUCCUUUCCUCAUCUUUGUUAUUAAGAGUGUAUGUACUGGUUACAUCCAAAUAUGUCUUAAUUGUUAAUACUUCUUUCCAUUUGUUUGGUCUCAUGCUUAAUAACAAGUAAAGUUAUUUAUGCAAGUUCCUUAUUUUAUUUUAAAAUUCUCUUUGUGCACAUGGAGUCAAAGCCAGCAUGCUGUAACUCAUGUGUGUGCUCAAGAGACCUGGGACUUUUCUUCUGUUGUUUUUCUUCUUUAAAUUGUUGUAAAAAGUAUUUCAGGCCACCUAUAUCCAGCGGUAGGUUUGGAUUAGAAACUGGUGUUUGUGAUAUACUGUUUUAAAACUCCAAGAUCAUCUGGAAUGAUAUUUUGUAUAUUUAUAAAUAUUGUGUAAAGUUUAAAUCCAGCCAAUCCUUUGGAAAUUGCUGCUGUUUUAAAUUAUAAAAUGUUAUAUUUAUGCUCUGUAGAAAAUACUUGCUUUGUAGAACUCAAUGAUUUUUCUUUCACUGUUCUGAAAUAUAAUGCUUAAAAGAAUUUUACAGUCUUUGAAGCAACAUCUUUCAUGAGGGAGUCUUUAUCCACUAAAACCAAGUUCUGCCCAUUCAGUCUUUCCUUGUUGUCAGAGAACAAUGUUAGUUCAGUGGUAAAGAAGAUGGUGUUUCCUGCUGUAUGGACAAGCCUGUUGUUCAUCUGUUACAAGCAUACUGUUAACCUCAGCAAACCACAUUUACCUAUCAAUAAUAAAGAGGCGCUUUAAA